AUGCCCAUGCUCGCGGACCCCUCCAUCAAGUACAAGCCGUACACUCCGCUCGACUUCCCUGAUCGCCAGUGGCCCUCAAAGGUCAACCGGAUUCCACCUAUAUGGCUGUCUACCGACCUCCGCGAUGGUAACCAAGCCCUCGCAAACCCCAUGACUAUCGCACAGAAGAUGGUGUUCUUCGACGCCCUCGUCAAGUGUGGGUACAAGGAGAUUGAAGUUGCGUAUCCGGCCGCGAGUGACACCGACUUCAACUUCGUACGGAUGCUCAUCGAGCAAGGGAAGGUGCCUGAUGAUGUCUGGCUGCAGGUUCUUACCCCUGCAAGGGAAGACCUGAUUAAACGUACAGUGGACGCCGUCGCAGGCUCAAAGCGCGCAAUUAUCCACAUGUACAAUGCUACUUGCUGCCUCUUCCGCGAGGUCGUAUUCAAGAACUCGCAGGAGGAAACCGUCAAGCUCGCAGUGAAGCACACGGAGAUCGUCAGGAAACUCACGGAUGAAUGCACCGCGAAGACAGGAACGAUUUUCCGGUACGAGUACAGUCCAGAAACGUUUUCGCAAACAGAGCCGGCAUUCGCUCUGGAGGUGUGUGAGGCCGUGAAAAAAGCAUGGGGAAGAGCUGGUCCCGCACAUGACGACAGGAUCAUUUUCAACCUUCCUGCUACAGUGGAGAUUGGUCCUCCGAACCACUAUGCUGAUCUGGUCGAGUACUUCUGUCGCCAUAUCUCUGAACGCGAAAAGAUCUUCAUCAGCCUUCACCCGCACAAUGACCGAGGAACCAGCGUCGCCGCUGCUGAACUGGGGAUGAUGGCGGGCGCGGACCGAAUUGAAGGCUGCUUGUUCGGAAAUGGGGAACGCACUGGGAACGUUGACUUGGUCACCCUUGCCUUGAACUUCUUCACCCAAGGCGUCCACCCUCAAGUUGACCUCAGCGAUAUCCAAGCUAUCAUCGACGUCGUCACUGCUUGCAACGACCUUCCCGUGCACCCCCGCCACCCAUAUGGGGGCGAGCUUGUCUUCACCGCGUUUUCGGGCUCUCACCAGGACGCCAUCAAAAAAGGUUUCGAGGCCCAACGCAUUCGUCACGAAGCUGCUGCUGCGAAGGGCGAGCUACAAAUAUGGGACAUGCCUUACCUCCCUGUCGACCCUGCCGAUCUCGGAUGCAACUAUGAGGCUGUCAUCCGAGUCAACGCUCAGUCCGGCAAGGGUGGUAUCGCAUACCUCGUACAGCAACAUUUGGGUUUGGACAUGCCGCGCAAAAUGCAAAUCUCGUUCUACUCUGUCAUCCAGGAAAUCGCGGACCGCGAGGCUCGCGAGAUGACUGUCGAGGACAUUACUACUGCGUUCCGCAAUACCUACCGUUUCGGUGGUUCCGCCUACGAAGGUCGUCUAGUCCUGAGGUCAUUCAAAGUCACUUCAGAACAAACUGUCGACGGCGAGGCUGCGGACGAGCGGCGACAACUGGAUGGCACCAUCUCCGUUGACGGCUCGCUGCGCGUCAUCCGUGGCGACGGCAACGGUCCCCUAUCCGCCUUCCUCGAUGCCCUAAAGACCCAUCUCAACAUCGACCUUUCUGUACGCGAGUACUCAGAACACACGAUUGGCAAGGAUCAAAACGCCAAAGCAGCAUCCUACGUCGAGCUCGUCCCACAGGGCGCAGACAUCAAGGACACGCGCCGCUCAACCGAGUCCUACUGGGGCGUCGGCGUGGACGCUGACAUCGCCUCGUCAGGCCUCCGCGCCGUCCUCUCCGCCGUCAACCGCGCGAUAGGGGACCGUGUCCUGCCCGAGCUCAAGCUCAACCUCGGCUUCUCCGCGUCCUCGGGCCAGGCGGACAUCGCCUCCGCGAUCCUCCUCUCCCUGCGGCUCGAGCUUCCUCGGCGGCUCCAGGCGUCCUUCUACGAGGUCGUGCAGCGCGCGGCGCGCAAGACGGGCGACGCGAUCGGCUACGACGCGCUCGUCGCCCUCUUCCGCGAGACGUACGGCUACGACGAGACUGAGGGCGAGGGCCGCUUCGCCGUCAAGCGCUUCAACGUGGCCAGUGUCGACUCGGGCCGCGCGAAGCUCUCGGGCGAGUUCAUCAUCAACGGCAAGGCCGUCGCGCUUGAGGGCGAGGGAACCGGCCCUCUUUCUGCGGCGGUCGAGGCGGUGAACCGUGGUCUCGAUGGGCGGGUGUCAAUCAAGGAGUACGUCGAGCACUCGAUUGGUGAAGGCUCGGACGUCAAGGCCGCGUCGUACGUCGAGGUGGCCUAUGAAGGCCCGGGCGGCAAGCCCAAAUUCACGGCGUGGGGCGUUGCGAUUGACCAGGACAUCACAGCCUCCGGGUUGAAGGCGGUGUUGGCGGCGACAAGGGGCGUCGAAAACGCUGACAAGGCGGCAAACGAGGCGUAG